UGUAAAUCUGUUAGAGAGGUUGCUUUCCUUCUGUCUGUUUGCUAAAGGAAAGCAGGUAAGACUCAAGAUAUUGAGCUGGUGAAAUAGAAGUCUAACCAUCUAGUGAGAGAAAGAGAAAUUUGUUACAGAACCAUUCCACCUGAGCUGAGAAGAAAACAGACAAAGGGAUAUGGCCUCAGAGAUCCACAUGCCAGGCCCAGAGUGCCUCAUUGAGAACAUUAAUGGGAGACUGCUGGUUAAUCCAGAAGCCCUGAAGAUCCUGUCUGCCAUCAGGCAGCCUGUUGUGGUGGUGGCUAUCGUGGGCCUCUACCGCACAGGCAAGUCCUACCUGAUGAACAAGCUGGCUGGGAAGAACAAGGGCUUCUCUCUGGGCUCCACGGUGCAGUCUCACACGAAGGGCAUCUGGAUGUGGUGUGUGCCUCAUCCUAAGAAGCCAAACUGUACUCUAGUUCUGCUUGAUACUGAGGGCCUGGGGGAUGUGGAGAAGGGUGACAACCAGAAUGAUUCCUGGAUCUUUGCCCUAGCAAUACUCUUGAGCAGCACUUUUGUGUACAAUAGUAUGGGAACUAUCAACCAGCAGGCCAUGGACCAACUGCACUAUGUGACGGAGCUAACAGAUAAAAUCAGGGCAAGAUCCUCACCUGAUGUGGAUGGGGUUGAGGAUUCAGCUGACUUUGUGAGCUUCUUUCCAGACUUUGUAUGGACACUGAGGGAUUUCUCCCUAAACUUGGAAGCAGAUGGACAGUCCAUCACAGCAGACGAGUACCUGGAGAAUUCACUCAAGCUUAAGAAAGGUACCAGCCCGAAAGAUAAAACUUUUAAUCUGCCUCGACUCUGUAUCCGAAAGUUCUUCCCAAAGAAGAAAUGCUUCAUCUUUGAUCGACCCACUCAUAGGAAGAAAUUGGGCCAGCUUGAGGACCUGUGUGACGAUGAACUGGACUCCGAAUUUGUGCAACAAGCUGCGGUCUUCUGUUCCUACAUCUUUAGCAAUUCCAAAACUAAAACCCUCUCAGGAGGCAUCAAGGUGGAUGGACCUCGUUUAGAGACCCUGGUGCAGACCUAUGUCAAUGCCAUCAACAGUGGGGAUCUGCCCUGCAUGGAGAAUGCAGUCCUGGCCUUGGCUGAGAUCGAGAACUCAGCUGCAGUACAAAAGGCCAUUGCCCACUAUGACCAGCAGAUGGGCCAGAAGCUGCAGCUGCCCACAGAAACCCUCCAGGAACUGCUGGACCUGCACAGGGCCACUGAGAAAGAGGCCAUUGAAGUCUUCAUGAAGAGUUCCUUCAAAGACAUAGACCAAUUAUUUCAAAAAGAAUUAGCGGCCCAGCUAGAUAAAAAGCGAGAUGACUUUUGUAACCAGAAUCUUAAAGCAUCAGAAGAUCAUUGCUCUGCUUUACUGAAGGAUAUUUUCAGUCCUCUAGAAGAAGAUAUGAAACAGGGGAUUUAUUUGAAACCAGGGGGCUAUCGCCUCUUCAUUGAGAAGAUGCAAGAGCUGAAAAAGAAGUAUUUUCAGGAGCCCAGAAAGGGCGUACAGGCUGAGGAAAUUCUUCAGGACUACUUGAAGUCCAAGGAGUCUCUGACUGAUGCAAUUCUACAGACAGACCAGACGCUGUCAGAGAAGGAAAAGUUGAUUGAAGUGGAACGUGUGAAAGCUGAAUCUGCACAGGCUGCAGCAAAAAUGCUGGAGGAAAUGCAAAUAAAGAACCAGCAGAUGAUGGAACAGAAAGAAAAGAGCUAUCAGGAACAUGUGAAACAGCUGACUGAGAAGAUGGAGAGGGAUAGGGCCCAGUUACUGGAAGAGCAAGAGAGAACUCUUGCUCUCAAACUGCAGGAACAGUCCCGACUACUACAGGAAGGAUUCCAAGAAGAGAAUAGACGACUUCAUAAGGAAAUACAGAAUCUCCAGAAGAAGAUGAAUAAACCAAAGAAGGAAUGCUUCCUAAGCUAAAGAAUUAAAGAAUAGAGCUUUCCUGGUCACUCUUAUCCAAAGCAUUACUAUUUGGCAAAACUAAUACAGUUAUGUAAAGUUUAAAAAUAAAAUAAAAUUAAAAAAAAAAUUAAAAAAAAAAGUUUAAAACUAAGAAAAGUGUCACCAUACUUGAUAAUAUUUAGGUUUCACAUUUUUACUACACUAAAAUUUGCAAAGACAUGCAGUUCUAUAAUUGAAGUCAUGUGCAUCUUCCUCACAAUAUUGUAAACUGUGUAGCAAGAUGCACUUUACCUCUGUGCCAGCACAGGAGGUAUCAUAAGCUGGUACCACCCAGGAGCUUCUUCUUCCAGAUGACCACUAGUUAGACAAGUGGAUACUGAGCAAAGUCUUAGGUCAAAGUCUUGGGACAUAGUUGGUCGUGAGUUUGACCAAAUGCACAAGAGGUUGGGAAGAACCAUUCUAGCUUCUAGUAAAGGCAGUAUAAGGUGUCCCAUUGUUUCAAGUCUGCAUGGUCUGUCAGUAGUAAUGUGACUCCUGGAUACCUGGAAUGGGCAGUGCUUACUGGUGAAUCCCAAGCUAAAGCAAAUCACCUUGUAUAGUGAUCUAGAAGGUCUACAGAAUUUCCACAGGAAGAUGGAAGAAACCAUUAGCAUGAUUAUAACUUGGAUCAUAAAUAAAUGGGCUAAAAAAGGA